AUGUCAUACGAGAACGGCGAGCACGCUGCUGCGGCUGCCAACACCUACCCCGCCAAGCCCCACUCAUCCAAGCCGUCCCCGCGGAGUUUCCAAGACGUGUGUUAUGAGCUGAAGGACAGGCUCGAUGCUUUCCUAGCGGAGGAGCAAGAGACAGAGAUUCUGCGGAAUGUUCAGAAACAGCUGCGCGUGUCAAUAGGUGUCGUAGACGAGACGUUGGCAAGAUAUAGCCUGGAACAGAUAUCAAUUUCCUACAAUGGUGGAAAAGACUGCCUCGUACUCUUAAUUAUCCUGCUUGCCGCCCUCGCACGUCGAUUCCCCUCCCCUCAGAAAGCCUCCUCUCAGACGAACGGUUCGAACGGCACGACCUCUUUUCCCGCUGAAUUCCAGGCAGUGUACAUCGUAUCAAAGCAUCCAUUCGCCGAAGUUGACGACUUUGUGGAAACCUCCAGCUCCGAAUACCACUUAGACGUAAAACGAUAUGCCAUGUCAAUGAAAGAUGGACUGGAGGCAUACCUAGCAGACAGACCAAACGUAAAAGCAAUUUUCGUAGGGACAAGGAGGACAGACCCCCAUGGCGAGAAGUUGACAGACUUUGAUCCCACGGACUCCGGGUGGCCUGCAUUCAUGCGGGUGCAUCCUGUUAUUGAUUGGCAUUAUGCCGAAAUUUGGGCAUUCAUCCGGCAUUUGCAGAUUCCAUACUGUCCUCUAUAUGAUCAGGGCUACACGAGUUUAGGCGGAACAAAAGAUACCCAUCCCAACCCCCAAUUGAAGACCGAAGGACAGAAUGGUGCGGCUUUCCGGCCUGCGUACGAGCUGACGGAAGACGACGAAGAGAGAUUAGGUCGUGAUAGAUGA